UCGCCAGACCUCGUCGGCGCCGCCUUCUGUUUAGAUCCACUUAGUAUCCCUUGUGGUGUGUUGACGCUAGUCCACAUCAUUAGGUUGAGAUCUUCGUGCACCCGGACUAUUCCCCCUAUCCAGUGCCCCGUGCACAGUUUUAAAAAAGUUUAUUCCUACCGUUUGAAGAUGCCGAAGGAUUUGCCCGACCGCCCUCGCGCUUUCAAACGCCUCGCGGACGAGCGUCACCCACGCCUCCGACGCGCGCUGCCCGAAGCCGUAUUCGACCAACUUAGUCGAGAACGCGAAGCAGGCGCCCCCCACCAGUAUACCACCUCCGAGCUCCGCGCCGUCGUCAGGCACGUCUCUACACUCCCGCCUCCGUCCACCGCUCUCCCUACCAUCGACUGGGACGCAGUCGAACAGGCCAAACUCGCGGCUCACGACGACCGCCAGCACUUCCAAGCGCAACGCGACCAAGCCCGCGCUAGACAAAACGCGCACGCCAGCGCCUCUUCCAGCCGCUCUCUAGCAGAUCGCCUCACCGCCGCUCCGACCUACACUCCCAUCGCCCCGAAGCCCGUCACCAUCGACUUCUCCCGCUACACGGCCGCCGACCUCGCCCGCAUCUUCGCACCGAAAUUCGCCGCCACCCUCAAGCGCUUCAACGUGCUCGAGUCGCUCGACUGCCCCGACGUUUUGACCGACGACAUCAACGCCGUCUUCAAGCUUCGCGACCGCCUCGCCCACCUCGACCGCACCCUCAAGGACGUUUCACGCGUCAUCAGCAUCGAGGAGUGGAACCGUUGGGACUCCGGACUAAAGCAGAUCGGCGGAAUCUCGUUCAAAGGACUGCGGCGUAACCGAGUCCAGAUUUUUAAAGCACUUCGUGCGGUUUGGAUUAACGGAUACUUCGAUUAG